UUCGUCAGCAUUUCUCCUCCAACGAGAGCUUUUCCACUCCGUUUCUCUCUCGACUUCUCCAAAAAUUCAAGCUCGUAAAAACUAGCCAUCAAAACCCUAGGAUCAUGCGUGGUGAAGAACAAUCGUUUGAGAAAACCGCCAUAGAUCUGGAAAAACUCACAUCACAGAUGCGAAAUCCUCCUCAAUUUCACAUAGAAUGCCCUAGCUCCGACGAUAGGCCUUCCGAUGCAGAGCCUCCCGCCAUGGUAUUCUGGCAGAAACAAAUCGACGCCGCCCUCCGUUUCCCAAUCUGCCCCUUUCUCUCAGAUCUGUCUCGUCUCUACCAAAUUCCGAUAAAUCAGCUCCAUCCUUCCUCCAUUCGCCAAGCUCUCUUCUUCCACAUUCUCCUCAGAGAGCACGGCCUCGACGACACCUCUCACCUCUUCCACAUCUGCCACGGCGUCAAAGUCAUCGGCGAAUUCUACUGCUUCAAGACAAAAUCGGAAAGCCCCGCCCAUUUCUACGGCCAAAUCCCCGGGGUUGGUAGCGGCUGGAUGAAGAAUUACUUCUUCGUCAGGCCUCUGAGCGGCCAUGGCUGGCCGUUUCGCAAGGUUCGGUGGCAUGUGAAUCUCAGGGAGAUACAUACUCCAAGUGUAGAUAAUCUUAGUAAGCAUGAAUGGUCAGUUCUGGCUGCCAUUAACGCCUCUUUUGAUGAGAAGCAUCUCUGUUUGCUUCGUGUUGUCACAGAUGAGAACGCUCUCAUCUAUCAUGGCCUCUUCGUGAACCAUAGCUGGUCUGUCGAUAUGGCAAUGUCUUGGCAAAAGAUCCUUGCUGAUGAACGGCGGCUUGCCCACGCUGAACUGCAGCCUCUUCCUCCUCUCACUCCUCUCACCAAGGAUCUUGAACUGGUGGAUUUGUCAAACGAGUCACCUGGUCCUCGAGCGCCUGAGCUCAUGUUGGGUGAAGACUUCUCCCUCCGCCAUUCGGGAGGAGUGACACUCGGAGAGGAAGAAGGCCGUCUCUGGCCAAAAGAGGUCAUUGGUGAUAUCUGUUGAGAGGCAGUCCUCUGCUCACCAAGGAAAAAGGCCGUCACACCUGCAGCCGGUGGCUCUUAACAAGCCCUUUAGUAGUAUCUUCUCUGGCCAUGCCUUAAGGUUAUCGGAUGCACAAUGCACGGCCUUCUGGGAGACCAUUCCUCGAGACGAGGAUUUGGCGGAGUUGAGGAAACUACCCUCCUCCAAGCUAAAAGACAUGGUAUGUGGUUGCCGGAUGAAGACCACCGUGGCCUCGGAAGUGCUGUAUGAACGCGCGGAGGAGUACAAGAGCCUAAAGGACGAGAUCAAGGAGCUAAAAUCUCGUCUUGAGCAACAGAACCAGUGCACCCUUUCCAAGGACAAAGAUCUCGUCUCUGCCG